AUGUUACUUGAUAAAGAGACUUUAACAAAGGAUUUGUCUUUCAAUUUAACUGAGAAAUCCAAAACUGAGGAGGAGGAUGUCGAUGAGAAAUCUGACUAUAUUGAAUUUGAAGAAUUUGAUGAUAACGAGCUAUGCGAAGAUGAAUACGAUGAAUACGACACUACUGUAGUUGGCAUCCUCAGAGUCAAAAUUGGUCAAGAGAACGAUGUUGUUUUAUCGGACGAUAUGGGUGUUCGCGCCUUUAAGGUUAAUUCGCAGGGAGCUGCCAAAAAGGGGACGCCUGCAUACACAGCCAACGACGUCUGCGGAGUACAUUGCGUUCCAGUACACAAUGCAAAGGGCCAGCUCGUUUUCGAAAUUUUCAAUAAAACUUUGACUGAUUUUGAUGCUGGAUCUUUUUCAUUAACGUUGAACGAUUUGAUUACGCGCAAUUCAGAUGGACUAUAUUAUAAGAGACAAGCCUUGGAAAAAAGUAAACAGAUCAAUAUUCCGGGAGGGAAUAAGUGCAAGGUGCGGCUUAACGCUCAAUUUUAUUCUACAAGAUUUGAAAGUGGCCACUUCGAUUUCAGCGAGAACACUGUUGACAUCGAUGACUUGUACCGUCUUAUCGGCAUGGCAUUUAACGCCAUUGCUUUCAAUGUUAGCAACGACUUAGCUCUCUGCUUUAAUUUUGGAUCUGCGUCGGAUCUCUUUCACGCCCUAGCAGCGCUUGCCGAACAAAUUGUUGCGCCCAUUGCUGAGGACUCUUUGAAUAAGCCGGAAUCUGCGUCCACCGGAAAUGGAGCGCCACCUGUUUAUUCGCUUGUUCCUCUGCUCGCUUUCCCCAAGACCAAAUCAAAGAGAGUGCAUGAGUUUGAAUCAAACGGUCGUAACAAAGUGAUUCCAUAUACACGUGGUGAAGCGAAGUCUUUUGGACAAUUUGAAACAGAGCCAUGGGUCGCUCCCUGCGUCAGAACAGCGGUCAUGCUGGAUGAUCGAAAUGAUCGUGUAUUGUUCAUUGGUAAACACACGAUACAGUUAUGGUCUAACUUUGCAAAAGAAAAUAAAACUCUGCAGUAUAUUUGGUGUGGACCAAGUAAUGAACAAAAUCGAGAAAAAGAUUUUAUUAAAGAAUACUCUAUUACGUGGGCAGCAUUGACGAAACUAUCAGACGAAGUCUUUACUAUCGCUUUCGCAUACAAGAAGCAAGGCAUCAGUCAUAGUAUUAAAACGGGAUUCCGCUUGCCGCGUAAAGAUGAUCCUGCCAGUUUCCGUACAGUAAGAGAUGCAUCGUAUGCUCUUGGAAUUUUGGACUCAGUUGAAUGUAAAUCAUGGCCGGAUAAAGGCUACCAACAUUAUGAAACGCUUCUUGACCGCUGCAAAUUGAUCAUCGAUUGUGCCCUUUCGUCUUCCGAUGGCGACGCGUUUGGCAGUAUUGGAUCGACUGACGAAUCGGAGGGCAGAGGUUUUCAGCUUAAAUCAAUUGAUGACGAAUCAGAGCACAAGGGUUUUCAGCUUGAAGAAAUUGGUGGCACUUCAAAAGCAUGGAGCAAAAUAUUGCAAGUUUUAAUGCAAUUUGAUUGUGGACGUUCCAAUUCUUUGAUUGAGGAAUUGUUGAAGAAAGAAAAAAUUACCCUGAAAUUGGAUAAUUUCGAGGAAAAGGAUGGUCAGUCUAUGUCAGACCUCUUUUACGCUAUAACGUUUCGUAGAGCCAAUAUUGUCCGUUCAUUAUCACUCUACUACUGCGAGAGAGCGACUUCGGUGAAUGAGAAAUCGUUGACUGAGCCUGACUUCGAAAAUAAUUUGCGAAUUGUUGUUUCUGGAUUCGGUCUACUGUGUGAAAAACACCCUGACAUUGCUUUAGAGUUGGUGAAAAAUAUCAGUUACUUCAAAUCUAACGGGCCCGUUGUAUGGAGCAAUAAACGGGAGAACUUUGCCUACUCAGAUUCGGAAAAAGAAAGCGGUGAUGUGUAUAAAGCAGAUGCGCAAGAUGAUACAGGCUUCAAAUGGAGUAGAUUUUUUAGUAAUAAACAUCAGAACGAUGACGGUUAUCUGUAUAAAGAAUGUUUGGUCCCUUUGCCGAAUUUCACUCGAUAUCGGAAGCCGCCGAAAUCCCUCUUCGGAUUUCUUAACGUAUUUGAAUGGCUUAAAUACCUUUCUCCAUUUGCUAGUGCGGUUCUCCAUGGCAAAUAUCAUAUGUUUGGCGAACCUGCCAUGGAAGCGAUUAUUAAUUUCAAAUGGAGGAAAUUUGCCAAGACGCGAUAUGUCAUCUUUAUUGGUUUAUAUUCCUUGUAUCUUCUUUCGUUCAUGGCUGCCGUUACUCUCGAUUCUGGCAGAGUGCAUCAGGGAAACGUGAUCAAACAUCUGAUUUCAUUGUUCUCGAUUAUAGUAUUGGUACUCGGAUUCAUAUUUAUCGCAAUCGAGAUUAUGCAAAUGAUUGCAUAUCGUAAACAUUAUAUCGGCAUGUAUAAUGUCAUUGACCUGGGCAGCACUAUAUUGCCAAUGAUUUAUGCCGUCGGGGCAUUUUUUGGAAGCAGCUGGAGACUUAAAUAUGUUGGCAUCUCCAUGUUCUUUGUCUAUGUUGAUUUUAUUCUCGACUCCGAGUAUUCAAUGAUUACGGACUUGGUAGGUGACAGUCCGGUGAUGAGCGACUUUUCGACUCCUCAACAUGCACUCGUUUCAGUCUUUUUCUUCGUGACAGGCAAUUUUGGCUCUCUUAGUGAUGCGUUUGGUGAUCCGACAGUUGCAUUUUUGGCAAUUGUAUUUUCGUUCAUAACCGCGAUUGUAUUAUUGAACAUCUUGAUUGCCUUAAUGACUGAUGUUGUCAGCAAUGCCAAAAUCGCUGGUAAACAUGUUUGGCUUAAGCAGAAAGCAGAGUUCAUAUGUGAAUUGGAGGUAUACGCUCACGCGAAAGCAAAGACAACGACGCGAUUUCUUUCCGAAUCUAAUAUACUACUUUGCGAAAGAUGA